UCACGUGAGGUCGGGUGGGGUCUCACAGUUGUAGGCUACCUCUGCUUACCUGUCAUAUCGAAACCUCAAGGCUAUGAAAAUUCACCAAUAGGUACCACACUGGUUUGAACUAGAUCGACAUAUUUUAUUGACAAAAUGGAAUCGCCUGUGAAGACAGGUUUCCAUAGACUGGAGAUAAAGAAAACAACAUGGGAUGUUCCAGAGCAAUAUAUCGCGCUGAAAGCAGUUGGCUCGGGCGCUUACGGGACAGUAUGUUCUGCUAUUGACCAGCAGACUAAGGAGAAGGUGGCCAUAAAGAAGCUCUAUCGUCCCUUUCAGUCGCUAAUCCACGCUCAACGGGCCUACCGUGAACUAAGACUGUUACGCCAUAUCCAGCACGACAAUGUGAUCAGCCUCCUCAAUGUCUUCACACCUGAUUUCUCCCUGGAGAAAUUCCAGACGUUUUACAUGGUAAUGCCCUUUGUGGCUCAGGACCUCGGUCGCAUCAUGAAGAGCAGGAGACUGACCGAUCGCAUCAUCGUUUACCUCUUCUACCAGCUGCUACGUGGCCUGAAGUAUAUCCAUUCUGCAGGGAUCAUCCAUCGGGACCUAAAACCUGGUAACCUUGCUGUGAAUGAGAACUGUGAAUUAAAGAUCCUGGACUUUGGUCUAGCAAGACAUGCAGAGAGUGAGAUGACAGGCUAUGUGGUGACACGCUGGUACAGGUCACCAGAGGUCAUCUUCAACUGGAUGCACUAUAGCCAAUCAGUGGACUUGUGGUCUGCUGGCUGCAUCCUGGCUGAGAUGAUCACAGGCCAGGUUCUUUUCCCAGGCAGUGACAGCAUUGACCAGCUGAAGAAGAUCCUCAACGUUACAGGAACACCACCAUCCUCCCUGGUGCAGAAGAUGCAGAGCAAAGAUGCUCGCUCAUAUGUACAGAGUCUCCCUAUCCAAAAGAAGAAAAACUUCAAGGAGGUCUUUCCCUCCUUGCAUGUAAACGCGGUGAAUCUGCUGGAGAACGUGCUGCUGCUGGACCCAGAGACCAGGAUGACGGCUAAAGAGGGCCUCUCACACCCCUACCUGGCUGAGUUCCAUGACCCAGAAUCUGAACCCGACUCCCCGACGUACGACGACUCCUUUGAAAGCCUGGAGCUUGACGUGGGAGAGUGGAGUAGUCUGAUCCACAUGGAGAUUAUGGCUUUCGACCCCAGUAACCCCAGUGCAACUGCAUUGUAGUGGACACAGAGCACUGGCUCCCCCCAGUUUUUGAACCCUGAAGUUUAGCAUAUGAACUGCAUGACAAACUAGAAUAACAUGUUAUCACAUGUUAUAAAAAGUUUGCGUAUCACAUUUCACAACAUGGUCUAUGACUUGAUGAAAUUUCAUACUGUAUGUCAGAAUUUUUAUGGAUUCAGGGAAGGUCAUACACUCUUUAAAAAAGGUGCUAUCUAGAACCUAAAAGGGUUCUUCGGCUGUCCCCAUAGGAGAACCCUUUGAAGAAACCUUUUUGGUAUAACCCUUUUUGAUAGAGGCCUCUAGUGGCUAAAAGGCUGUAUUAGCAUGGUCAGCGCCAUUGAGUACUUCCACCAUUUUAAUGUAGCCAACUGGGUGGGACUUUCAACAUCAUUGGCUGAUCCCUCUUGGUGACCCUGUUGAAGCCAUGUCCAACCGGGUCAUCAGGAGGGAUCAGCGAAUCGUGGAGAAGAAAAUUGACUACAUUCUGUCACAGACGCUAUAAUGGCACAGAUACAAAAGUGAAUCCUCUAUCGGUCUCCUAUGGUCGAACCCUAUUGGGUUCCAUGUAGUGCAGGCUUGUGCUCUCGGACGCCUGGAGUUGGAAGACAGAGAACAAUGCAAAAGGACUAGUCAGCCCUUCCCCCACUGAGGGCCCCAAAUGUUUCUCUCUAUUACAGUAUUCAGAGGACAGACUAUUGGAUGUGAUAUAAUAAUACUAUAGUAUCCAUGUCCAGUAUCUAUCCGAAACUUGUUCACUGAGGAUAACUGAUGCUAUAUAUAUAUACAGGUAUAUUUGUAUGAUCUCUGUGGUUACUUGUAUCUGUAUAGGGUGAACUCUAAAUUACGCUCAGCAGUGCUAUCGUCCUCUCAGGAAUUCUGUCUUAUUUACAGUGGUCCAAUCCGCUACACAAGCAUUUAGAUGUUGUGACAUCCUGUGUAGAUUGGGCCUUUGCGGUCAGGUUACACUGUAAACCUGGUAUCGUUUGAUUGGUCAAUGGUGGUUGGUCUUGGGUUGAAAGGUUACACCUUCAGAUGUUAUAAAUGGAAUUACAUGGCUUUGUUCUCUCUCUUAUCCUGUUUCCAGCCAUGGGGGAAGGUUGUAUGAUCAAUUCUAAUUUCCUAGGCUUCUAUUCUACUCUGGCCUAGUAAGCAUCUCUUUGUACAUGCUUUGUCUCGCAAGUUAACCUUAGGAUCUAUAUGCCUAGAAUUAUGCUUUGUUAAUGUCAGUAUUGCCUUGUGUAACUUAAGCUUUAUGCCUUGUAUGUGAAUGUUUUUUACAGUUAUUAAAUAAUACUUGCUUUGA